AUGUCACCUUAUUUCCAACCCUCCGCAGAAGAAGUCCCGAUUCUUAUUAUCGGCGGAGGACCUUCAGGACUUCUACUAGCCUUUAUACUUUCUCAACUAAAUGUUCGCUCCUUGGUUGUUGAACGCUACGCAGAGAGACUCGCAGCACCAAAGGCACACGCGCUCUCCCCGCGAUCUCUAGAGAUCUGCCGACAAGCGGGGCUAGAUGUGAACGAGAUUCGCAAGAUCGGCAGUCCUCGGCAAGAUGCAUACUGGGUGAAUUUCGUAACCAGUUUAUCUGGGAAGCAAGUUGGUCGUUUACCUUACGAGCGAAUGGAUAAGGAUGUUUUGGAUGAUACGCCGACGAUGAUUCAUAACAUCCCUCAACCGGCAUUUGAGCAAUUUAUCGCGACUAGAUUAUCAAAGAGUGAUCUUGUUGAGAUUCGGAAGAAUCAUUCGUUUGUUCAAGUUAGUUUGGAGCAGGAUGACGGAUUUGUCGUGACUACGAUUGAAGAUCGUACUGCUAAGACAGAAUACAAAAUCAAAUCUCGACAUGUUAUUGGAUGCGAUGGAGCUAAGAGUGCCGUUCGACGUUAUCUUGGAAUAGAAAGCGAAGGAGAAGAGACUUGUGAAACCAUGAUGACCAUUCACUUCAAUGCUGAUCUGAAGCCCGUUCUAAAAGAGCGAGUUGGAAUGCUCCAUUGGGUUAUGGACCCCUUAGUAUCCGGAUUCAUCAUUGGAUAUGAUCUGUCUGGAAAUCAAGUACUAAUCUGCAACUUUGACGCCGAAAAGCACCCCGUGGCAUCCUGGAAUGAAGAACAUUGUCGCGAAGUCCUCGACGCCGCUAUCGGAGUAAAAGUGCCAUACGAUGUACUCAGCUACCGUCCCUGGAUCCUAAGCCGAAAGGUAGCCUACUCGUACCGCGAGGGCCAAGUAUUCCUCUGCGGAGAUGCUGCACACUCUUUUCCUCCUACCGGUGGACUUGGUCUAAACUCUGGACUAGGCGAUGUCCAUAACCUAGCCUACAAACUCGCCGCAGUGCACCAGGGCUGGGCCGGCGAUGCACUUCUCAAUACCUAUCAAGAGGAACGACGCCAAGUAGCACUCAUCAACGCAAACCAAAGCGUCAAGAACGGGACCCAAAUCUUCGGGCUACUAAAAGCGUGUGGAAUUACAGACCCCGACGUGAAUAUCUCACGACAGAACCUGUACCGAAAUAUCUCCGAUGCAGGAGCAAGGGUGGAGAUUAAUCGAGGAAUCGAAGGUCAGCGCGAACAUUUCGAUAAUCUCGGGUUACACAUUGGAUACAUCUAUGGUGAUAAGUCCAUUCCUGCGAAUGUGUCAGUCUUCAAUGCCGCUUGUGUACCCGGUGCUCGACUUCCACAUGCGUGGAUUAAGGCCUUACCGGGUCAAUUUCUAGGGCUUCCUGCGAUAAAUUCUAGCUAUGUGCAUGAAUUCUCCGCCGAGGCGGUUUCAAAGAUGGAAUUCUCUACUCUGGAUCUAUGCAAUCUUGAUACAUUUACACUUUUGGUGGAUGAGUCAAAUGCGUCAAGCUUCCAGGAUAAGGUGGGAGAGAUGUUCGCGGGCCUGUCUGAGGAUAUUGCGAAAAUUCUUCCUUUCAAGACGAUUGUCUAUGGUGUUGAUUUCCAGUUACAGGAGGGGCCCAAAAGUGAGGCCUGGACUGAUCUUAUGUGCUUGAGGGAACAGGGAGUUUUGGUUUCUCCUGACCAGCAUAUCUUGGCUUGUCUUCCAAACAAGGCUGGGGCGGAUGAGCUUUUGCAGGCCCUGAAGGGACAUUUGGGAUUGAACUAG